GCCCCUGAAUAUGGGGUUGCCACCACAACCCCUGGUUCUGCUGUGGAAAAUGUCGGAGCAAUUCGUAGAACUCCUGCCCCUGAACAUGGACUUGCCACAACAACUCGUUCUGUAGUGGAAAAUGUCGGAGGCUCUUAUGAUUUCCAGGCAAUUCGUAGAAGCUCAGUUCCCGAAUUUGGGCGUGCCACAACAACGCCAGGUUCCGCCGUGGAGAAUGUUGGAGCAAUUCGUAAGACUACGGCUCCAGAAGCCGCUUUUGCUACAACCACACCCAAAUCUGCUUUGGAGAAUGUUGGAACCAUUCGUAGUACUCCUGCUCCCGAAUCCGGAGUUGCUACAACCACUCCUGCAACUAGUAUGGAAAACAUCGCAGCAAUCCGCCGAACACCGGCUCCUGAAGCCGAUUUUGCCACCACUACCCCAAAAUCGGUGUUGGGAAAUAUUGCUACUAUUCGUAGAACCCCUGCUCCCGAAUCCGGAGUUGCCACAACCACUCCUGGUACUGCUAUUGGGAAUAUUGGAGUAGGCAUAUAG